UUUUAACAUAGUAUGCCUUGCCUUUAACUUCACGUAGCUCCCGCAACCGAGGGGCUAAUAUGUCGAUGGAAGAUCCUUUUUUCGUAGUUAAAGGUGAGGUGCAGAAGGCCCUGUCCAAAGCACAGGGGCUGUAUGACCGCUGGGAGGAGCUUCUCCAGGAUGAGACACCUGUCAGUCGAGAUGAGUUGGACUGGAGCACCAAUGAACUCCGUAACUGCCUGAGAGCCAUCGAUUGGGACUUAGAGGACUUGCAUGAAACCAUAAGUAUUGUGGAAGCAAACCCUGGAAAGUUCCGGUUAGGAGAGCAUGAACUACAGGAGAGGAAAGACUUUGUGGAGCGAACGCGAAAAUCUGUCGAGCUGAUGAAGGAUCAGCUCGCCAGCCCUUCGGCUGUGGCCCAGGCAGAGAGGAAGAACAAACAGGCUCUGCUGGGGGCCACAGCAAAAGAUCGCCAUGCCGGCCUGGAGCCCCAUCUGGUGUCUGCAAACUCCAGAUACAUUCAGGAGCAACAGGAACAACAGCAGCUUAUCGUGCUGGACCAGGAUGAGAAGUUGGAGUUGGUAUCUGGCAGUAUCCGUGUCCUAAAGGACAUGUCCAACAGGAUAGGAGACGAGCUGGAUGAGCAGUCUGUUAUGCUUGGUGAAUUUAGUGAGGAAAUGGACCAGACCGGUUCUAGAAUGGACUCCGUGUUGAAGAAAAUGGAGAAGGUUUCACACAUGACCAGCAGUCGGAGGCAGUGGUGUGCUAUCGGAGUUCUUGUAAUCAUUCUGAUUGUGGUUCUCAUCCUGUUUUUCGCAAUUUAAACCAGACUUUGUUCCAGUUUGGCCUUUCACAUGCCAGAAUCCUCCUGAGUCUGAAGAGGAAAACACCGAUUUGUCCACGUUCGCUUCAGUUUUUCUUUGUGAGAAAGAGAUCUGCUAUUUUUAUAUUCCUCCUUUGCCUUUUGUUUUUAUCUAUAACCCAAAUGUUUAUUUCUGACCCCCGCUGUCACUUUGACUGCCUUGGAUUCGACUCCAAAAGGUGCUGAGAUGGAAGUUAAUAGUUAUAUUUCUUCAUUGUUUCAUUAUGGUACAAAGCUCAGUCGUGGUGAGGUGUUUGAUAUUGCCUUGUUUUAUCUUCAUGUGUUUUAUUUUAGUUUUCAAAUUGAUAAGAUCGUGAUAUGUAUACCCUUCAAAGACACUUGCAUUAGUGGUUGGUUUCCAAAACCAAAAGUGUAAGAUAUCAAUACGCAGUUAAAGCACAAUGUAACCCUAUAAAUCUGUAAUAGUCACUGGAAGAUAUUUUAUAAAAACCCUGUUCCUGUCAGUCUAUGGAGUAAUUCAUACAGGAACAUAAUAUUAUAUAUAACAGUGGCUUAGAAGCUUAUUCAGUUACAUGGGUUAAAAGAGGUCAAGAGACAUUUUGCACAGUUUGCCCUUCGUUCAUUUAUUUAUCUUACAUCUUUACUGCAUCAUCUUUGUAGUCUUAACAAAUAACAUCUUGCUGACAUUUUUAUAGUGGGAAAAGUCACCUAACUUGCCUGCACUUGAACUCUUGAAUUUUUCUGGAAGUGCUGCAUGCCGAAGCAUUUAGAGUAUUACCUGCUUUAAAUUUUAGUUAAACGAGUAACUUCGUAAAUUUGACUGUAAAGUUGGAAAGUUUUAACAGAGACAUUCUUCAAAGCUUUCACUUCAUGCUGCAGUGAAAUUUCAUACUCAAAUCAUUUUUUAAAAGAACACGCUGGUAGCCAAAGUUUUUAAGUAAUCGCAGUCUAAAGCAGUGAGAUACAAUGUAUGUUCUGGUUUUGACUGAUAUUAACCGUCUGAGCUCCUUACAAGCCCUACAAUUAUGACCAUCAUUUAACUGUUAUUGACCUUCUGUCGUUGCCAGAGAUUGGAUGUUAUAAAGUGCCCGUCUGUGGGCAUGAUAUCGAGCAUAUUGUACUCAUGUUCUUAUGCCAAUGAGUUGCUUCCAAAUCAAAGUGUUAGGACACUAUGUGUCUGUGGGUGAAUGUACUUUGUUUAAUAUAAAGCCCGUGUUAAACCGUGUCUUAUUUCAGUUGAAUUCAUACAAGAUUUUAGUUUAUUGUAAAAUAACUAACCCUUAAAAACAAUAUAAUCUACUUUGUAAGCCCUAAUGAUUGUCAAUACCCACUGUCAUUCAAAAAGUGGAACAUUACUAAACUUUUUACCUCUUACCUCAUAUAGGGAGAUUUGGUACGCAUUUGAUUUUAAUGUGUAAAGCAAUGACUGGUGUCAUUUAUGUGCUGCCAAAGUAUGAAUGAUUGAAUUCGAAUUCCCUUGUCGUUUGUAUUUGUAUACGACUGUAUUAUAUGAAAUGUUUGCCGUUAUAUUGGCACCUUGGGAGUCCAGAUGGGUAACUGAAUAAACCAUAUGCAUUUGACACACAUUCCAUUUUUUCCAGACGAAUGAUACAUUAAAACAACCAAUCAAAAUG